CCACAAUGAGAUACACCUGAAGAAAAAACUGGACUUUUAAUUGAGUGGGUAAUGUCUGUGGUGUACCGCCUGUUAAAAACUCCUCCUGAAGCUAUUGUGACUCAAGUCAAAGAAGGCCACAUUUUAUACAUAAUUCUAUGAAGAUUCAACAAUGCCAGGCAAAGGGACAAAUAGGUCCAAACUGGCUGAGCUCUUAGUGGCAUACAACUUUAAAGUUGUGUGUUCUGCAUGCUCUGUCAAAGAGAACGAAAUCACAUACAGCCUAAAAGCAGUCGAACACCAAUGCAGCAGAGAACUUCUAUUGGCUAAAGGCAAAGGUACUUGCAAAUGGAGGCCUGUUUCCUGCCGCCCUAAAUUUACAAACCCCAGCCAGUAUAAUGUGUGUUGGUACUUUGUGGAGGGGUCUGGGUGUUCAAAGCACAGGAACCGCUGCACCUUCGCAAGGAGCCUUGAGGAGGCUACCAUGUGGAACUUUUUAAAGCACCAGAAGAUGGAUCACAGCACGUUAAUUAGACUGAUAACUCAGUCAGAGAGUAUCGCUGUCCAACAGCAAAACCCAGCCGAAAAAAUUCUCACUGAGUUCUCAGGGGAAUUUCAAGAGCUCUGUCAAGACUGCUUCUGUGGCACUCCAACAAAAAUUACAGGUAAACGGUGGAACAACACUUGCUCAGCGGAUACAGCCCAUGUCUGGAGCCCAGUCUUGGUUCAUCACCUGGCAGAAAAUCAGGGGAAAGAAGUCUACAAUCAGAUCAGGCCUCUUCCUUCAGUCUUCCCUUUCCAGUACUCCAACUAUUUCAUGCAAGGUAUGCCCUGUUGGCACGGCCCCAGCCAGUGGCAAUUAUUGCACAGCAAGGUGGAAUUGGCUGUAUGGCGAGCAGAGGCACGUGGGGAGUGGAGUCGCCAGGAACUCUUGCAGCUCUCCCAGGAAAGGCAAUGGCAGAGGCAACAGUCGGCUCAAGACGUAGUGCCCGCCCCUAAACUGCAGGCGGCGAUCUACUGCAAGGCUUGCUUCAUAGCCCUCUCUUCGCAGGAGAGCUUUUUUAAACAUUGUGCCUCCUUGGGGCACUCCCAGAUGAUUUCUGGGGACACAACCACGGAGUGGAAACAUCGUCCCCCACCUCACAGCCACAAAGCAGAGUUUUGGUUUUGCGACAGGCCUGACACAUGUGAAUAUGGCACCAACUGCGUGAAAGCUCACUCUGUGGAGGAGCUUGAAGAGUGGCUAAUGCGAGCCGAAGAGGACAAGGUGAUGAGGCGCAACAUAAAGGCUCAAGGCCUCAUGUCCUACAGGGAACAUCUCUUAGAGGAGUACAGACAGAGCAGCAAUGAAGUGCAAAUUAUUUCAGAACAAGUUGAUGAUGUGAGUGUCACUUUUGAUGGGAAUUUGUGUGUGGAGUGUGUGGAGACUGAUGCCGAAUUAAAAUGGAACUUCCAGAUCAAAACAGAGAGACUACUUGCACAUGUAGCAUUACUGAAACAGGAACCUGGAGCCUCCUUCUCCCUGGAUGAAAACAGUCCUGAGCCCUGCACUUACUCCACUGGUGAACAGUUAUGUAACUCAGACAUGACCUAUGACAUCACUGUGUCCUUCAAAUCCAACAACCCGGGUCUUUAUGAACAGUGGUUGGUGUUUGACUUCGACAUGAGGCCAGUCCUCCUACAGAAACUCAAAGUUAAAGUCAGACAGCAGCCAUCCCCUAACCUCCUCGAGGAGCCGCCUGAGGAUUUUGGGCGCCCAUCCCAGAAUCUGGAACACUGGCAUCGGGGGAACAGGGUCAUCGUCCCAUGCAUGGACAAGACAGAAGUACAGGAAGAGCUUCUGAAGGAGUACAAGCCCCCUCAGAUUAGCUUGCAGUAUAAAUCGCUUGAUGACAGCAACACGGCCAUGAAUCACCAGAACUACAAAAAGAAAAUGCACAGCUUCCUGUACACAGAGGAGCAGGCAGAAGAUCAGAUAGUUUCAAGACUCAAUGUUCGAGGGACCAUCACCUUGUCUGUGACCCUAGACGACCCUCAGUUCGGAAUGAAGAUGGCUCCUCUAGGGGAACUAUUCUGUGCCGUCUCAGUCCCUUAUACUCUAACCCCAGACAGCCCAGAGGGUUGGGUGCUUAGGCGAAGCGUCCAGUCAGCUCUCAUAGCACCAGUAUCUUCAGAUAAUAAAAGUCAUAAGGUCUACGAAGCCAUCAUCCUCCGAGAUGCCACAAGUGAGAAUAAAAUGCACUUGCAGCUGUCUAAAAGAUGCUGCUCUGAUCUGAAGCUCCAAAGCAAUGAAACAUAUGAAAUGGAGGUCCAGUUCCACCUGAAUCGUCUGAAGUUCUGUGAGAUGCACAAAGCCAUAGAUUUCCUUCCAGACACAGAGAGAGUAUUGCCAGACUUCAGGAACUGCAUUGUCCCUGUUAAUGAAAUUGAAUUUCCCAAAGUCAAUGCAAAGCAGCAUGCAGCCAUUGAUUUCAUCGUAGGGGACUCAGAUGGAAGAAGUGUGGCACCACUCCUCAUUUAUGGACCGUUUGGGACUGGGAAAACCUUCACGCUUGCUACGGCAGCCAAAGAGCUGGUACGGCAGCCACACACCAGAGUACUGAUCUGCACCCUCACCAACAGCUCUGCAGAUUUGUAUAUCAAAGACCAUUUCCAUCCAUAUGUCAACUCUGGACACCCUGAGAUGAAGCCACUGAGAAUAAAAGCAAAUAAACAAGGGGUUCUAGUAAGUUCUACGGAUGAGAUCACACAGAAGUACUGCCUUCUAUCCAAAGACGGUCAGUUUUUUCUACCUCCUACCAAAUCUGCUUUGGAUCACCACAGAAUAGUCAUAACAACUACUGCAAUGGCAAGACACUUCAAUGACCUAAAGCUUUCCGAUGGCUACUUCACCCACAUCCUGAUUGACGAAGCCUCCCAGAUGCUCGAAUGUGAAGCCCUAAUGCCCCUUGGUCUGGCAGGGCCAGUAACUCGGGUGGUUCUAGCUGGAGAUCACAUGCAGAUGGGACCAAAACUAUUUUCAACUGACGAUGACCAACACUCCAAUCACUCUUUGCUGAACCGCCUGUUCCACUUCUAUCAAGGCUGUGAAAGUAGUACAGCUUUGAAAAGCAGAAUAUUUUUUCACGAGAACUAUCGCAACACAAAAGAGAUAGUAGAAUUUGUGUCCACUCACUUCUACGUUGGCAAGUCGGAUGCCAUCAAGGCUGUUGGUAAUGUUCCAGCUCAUCCGAACAGCCACACUUUGAGGUUUCACCAUGUCAGAGGAGAAUCCCACUUGGACUCCGCAUCCAUGUCAUGGUUUAAUCUUGACGAGGUUGAAUGCGUGGUUGAAAUAGUGCAAAAUCUGCUCAGAGAUUGGCCAAUCGCAUGGGGGAAUCAUGAUCAAAGCUCAAUCUGUGUUCUCUCUGAACGAUGCCAGGUUUCAAUGAUCAGAAAAGAGCUUCAGAAAAGAUUCCUUGGCCGAGUGACUGUGGAGAAUAUAUCAAAUGUUCAAGGCAAACAGUUCAGAGCAAUAGUAAAUUUGAUUUGAUUUGAUUUGAUAAUGACUGCCGUUCAAACCCGUGACAGCCUUCACCCUCCUGACUCAUAUUGUGUGGAGUUUUUCAACGAUGCUCGCAUGCUGAACACAGCCA